CGAAUAUUUUUAUAUUUCUUUCUAUAAUAGUUUAAUUAGCUUAUAAAACAAGAUCAUAGUUAUGUGUGCGCUUCAAGAUUAGAUCUCUAAAAAAAAAAUAUCGCUAACAUUGUUCGAUAUAAUCCCGAAAUUGACUAAAAUACGUCGGCGCGUUUACCUUCUUCAAUAAGAAGAUGCCGUAAUAUACGAAGAUGUUUAAUUGCUAAAAUCGUUUGCACUAUAUUUAAUAUUUCAAGCAUGGCGUUUUACGCCCCAUUUGCUCUCAUUAUCAACUACAGUCUUUAUAUCCUUGAAAAGGAGCACAGAUAAUUUUAACCCCAUCAUUAUAAUUGCAAAUUGUAUUAAUGGAUGUAAAUGGAAUUAUUUUCCAUGAUAUUUCUUAAAUUCCUACUUAUCAAUUCACGCGAAAUAUUUUGUAACUAGAAUCUAGAAUUAGACCUCACUUUCAAAUCACCUGCGCAAAGAUUCGCUCUAUAUGUACAUUUCUCCGCGUUUUUUAUCAAACGAUCAACGACCUCGAUGAAAAUCAUGUCCUGGAUUAAUUCAGGAUAAAUUGAGAAGAAAUGAAAAUUAAUGAAAUCUUCGAAGAAUUUUAUAUCCCGGAUAUCGGCAUUAAUCUCACCUAUGUGUUAUUUUCUGACUAAUCACGGAUGAAGCUCGAAUCUUAAAUGAAUGACAGACAAAAUAUAUAUACAUAUAUGCAACGUUGUAUAUCUAAGGUCAACCUCGCACCGAUAAACGAGCGAUCGAACUCCUGGCAAUGGCAAUGGCUCGGAUGGGACACCUUUAUCGGGACCCGUGUCGCGCUCUAGGUCAAAGCCAUCGCGAAAUAAAAAGCAUUGCAUACAAAAUGAUUGACAUUACUCGCUCGAAACGCGUCCUUCGCUCUUUCUUCUUCUCGGCAUUAAUGUAAUUCGAAAAAAAUUUCCGUUCCGUUUCGAGUCUCGCGAUACUACCGAGAUAUUUUCGUAAUCGGAAAACAACCGACGUAAAUUUCAGACUUUCAUCGCCGUUAUAUUAUUAGAGUACUGAAUGGUUUCUGAACCAAAUUAAACUUUCACAUAAAAACGAAACAAACGUCCAGUCAGUAUGAGAUUUAUCCCAAUUUAAAAGAAGAAAAAUAUUCUACCGGAUUUUUGUGCAAUGAUCUGAAAAAAUUUUAAAAUUUUAAAAUUAUUAUUUUUUCUAUAACAUUAUAAUAACAAAUAUUGGCAGGUGCGAGAUAUUUUUGAAAUAUUUGUGAUGUUCAAAUCUACGGAUUUUAAAUUUCCGAGAACAUAUACAUAUGUAAAAAUGUAUAUUUAAAAAUGCAUAAAUAAGACAAUGUGCACUUUUAAAAAUUGUUCAAAUUUUUACGAUAAUUAUUUAUCAUCUAAACACCAAGUUGUCCAAUUGUAAAAAAUUUCUUCAAGGUAGAUCCAGAAUCAUAAUAUUUCGGUAUAUUCUUCCGCAUAUACGAUCGACCAAAGUGGAUCCAGCAGCCCGCUUCUCGAAUUACAUCACGAAUCGAAAUUGACAAUAUAUCUGGCAGCCAAGCCACAUGCACGACAGCGCAAUGAUAUCUUCGAGACAUCCCCGAAGACUAGAAGAGGAUAGUCUCUCUCUUUCAACAACCCGUGCGGCGAUUUGUCCGACGAAAUCGGCGAUAGCUGGCGUGCGAGCAUCGCGAUUAAUUCGCAUCCCGGGAGACCGUAAAUAAGCGGGCUAAUAGCUCGAUCAGUAGGGAUGGGAUCAAGUUCAAUAUGUGUCGAUCACGAAUUUGAAUCAAUUUUGAUACUAUUUUAAUUCAUUUCACAGAGUUGGGCAGGUAUCACUCACAUAUAAAAAACUACGAUUUUAUUCUUCGUAAAAAGCAUUAUUUUUGGAGCCUAGAAUGAGUAGGUGCAGAGUUUGAAGUUAAUAUAUUAAAUGGAAACAAAUCGGAAUAAUGCUUGAAUGAGAGGCAUUACGAUUUCGAUGGAAUCCAAGCAGUGAACUGAUUAUCAUUAUGUGAUUGUCUAGUAAUGUAGAAUUAUAAAGAGUUCUCGAAACGUCUCAGAUUUCUACCCAGGUCAUUUAUGAGAUAAGAAUUUCUUUUAAAAUCCGUCCCUUUUGAGAAAGCUUGGUCUUUGAGUAAACUUUUCCCUUUUGAAACCGCAUUAUUUUUGUCCUUCCUCAUUUUGGCAUUCUAUUUCAGUUUCCACAGAAAACUUUCAAAAGUGAUCGAUGGUAUUUCGUGUCGUCAAAACAUCGUCUGAACGAAAUUUCGCCAUUGACCGUUAUUGGAAAUUUCACGACUGUUGCGAAAUACUUAAUCCCAUCUCUACCGAUUAUGCGAACCGGGAAAGAUAAACCGACGACAAGUCGCCGUUGACGAUGGCGGUGAUGGCGUUCUGGAACUAGUCGUGGUCGCACGCGUGCGAUCGCGACUCCCUGGGGAUCGGCGCAGUGACGGUACCGGGUGGCACAGGCUAGCAUCCUUAUCUCGGGGGAGCCGUGCGCCACAAUCUCUCUCUGUAUCGUCAUACACUCUUGUCGACGUCUUCUCAUCUGGAGGAUUCGACCACCAGUUGCAGUCUCGGCACGACCCUCGACUAGUCGUGACGCGCGGAUCGACGUUUCCGAUCGUGUGUCAUCUUUCGUGACACCGUCAUUGUGCGAGGUUUCGAGAGUGCACAGUUUCGCACUCGCCGCGGCAAAAUCGGUUUAUCAGUAUAUCAGUAGUUUAGAAAUUUAAAAAUCGCAAAGUCUCUUUCUCUCUCUUAAUUACUUAUAACAAAAAAAGAAAUAUGAAUGAGAAAUAUGCCAUUAAAUUUUUGUAUAACGCUCAGGAUACUUUAUAAUAUGAACACUUCUUUCCUAUUAUCGAGAGACAAUUUGAAAAUCGUAUGACAUUGUGAUUAAUUAAUACGAGCGAAUCUCUUAACCGGACGUUUAAAUAUAUCGCAAACAAUUACUAAAGUUUGCUUUGUUAGUUUCAUGCGAAUCGUGAUGCAGUGAUUAAUAAACAGAUAAUCGUGUCAUGAUAACGGGAAACACAUCUGAAUCGAUCUUCAGAGUAAUCAUGUAAACUUCGGAUUAAAUUCUUAUUUUGAAAAUUAUUAUCGCACGUAGUCGCCAAUUUGCAUAAGAAGUACAUGAAACAGACUUCGUAUUUAUUCGAUAAAUUUUUUAAUAUGAUUGAGGAAGCUACGACGUUCGAUAUGACGGAUGAACUACUCUUCUCCGCUCUGGGAUUGACGAUGGACACCAGUGUCGAAAGACAGCUAUUCUCGCCGGUCAAGACAAAUCUAUCUAGCGAUUACGAAGUAUCGUGUACUCUGCUUAGCAACGAUUUUGAUAUACACGAUAGUGAUCAGUUGAACGCGACAAAUCCAAAAGAUUGUUAUACUGACUUAACUUGCUCUUUGCAAUCAUCUUGGAAUGACUGGUCGACUACUAACACGCCUACAUCAUCAGGUUGUUUAAGCGAAUUGAGCGAAUUGGACUCUGAGCUAGAUUGGUGUCUAGAGAGAAGCUGGGACUCUGGCCUCCCAGAAAGAACACCAUUAUGUACUGCAGGGUGCGAAGGCUUUCUGCAUUUACCGCCUUUACCAAAUUCACAACAGAUGCCAAAAUACGAAGAACCGUUGUUAGUACUCGGAAUCGAUUUACGAGCAUUGGAGAACGAAUUUGGAAUAAAUACGAUAGAUUAUAAUAAUAAUCAGUUAGACAACGAUCCUCUAAUUCCAUCAGCAGCUACCGCUGCAUUAGCAACGCAUGAUUACACCAAUCGUAGCUUAGCAAAUGCAGCCGAAGAUCGAUGCUUUCCAUGUACCUAUCAAGGCUGUGUAAAGGUCUAUGCCAAAGCUUCUCACUUGAAAGCUCAUUUACGGCGGCACACCGGCGAAAAGCCGUUCGCAUGCACCUGGACCGGUUGCGGAUGGCGUUUCAGUCGAUCGGACGAGCUAGCGAGGCAUCGACAAUCGCACUCGGGCGUUAAACCGUAUCCCUGCGAAAUGUGCUCCAAGAGAUUCGCGCGCAGCGAUCAUCUGGCCAAACAUCGUAAAGUGCACCGAAAAAACACCUAUCCCUUAUUCCAUGGUGCUAGAGGACUGCGCGGCGACAAGAUGAACGUUUUACCGACGGAUUAAUUUAAAUCUCUAAGAUAUUUCGCGUUUCUUAAAUUUUUUUUCCUGAUCGAUAAAGCUAGACAAAGCUUAUCGUCGACGAGACAAGUUUUAUGCUAUAACAUAUAGCUUCUAUAUAAAUCGACAAGUACUUAAAACGUUUCUAUAAAAAUAGUUAAUGUAGAAAUAACUUACCAAAUAAAUAAUAAUUCUUAACAUUUUCGGCGGCUAAUAUUACUUGGAUUUUCAAUAUAUUUUUUACAAUCUUAAAGAAAUAAAAGAUAUUUAGUUUACUUAGAAUCUUUCUAACGAAAACACAAGAUAAACUAAAAAGUUAUAUUAAAUUCAAAGAGAGAUCAGUUCAAUUUAAUAUUAAUCCAAUCAGUCCUAUUAGCGGCAGUUAAAAUUAUUACGAUAGGAAACUUUUAUCGGCGAUGUAUAUAGAGCAAUAAUAAAUUCUAAGAAAAUGCAUUAUU